AUGUCACGACAGGCCGUUAUUGUGAACGCUUCAAUAAACCAAUACUCGUCUUCACUGGGGAUUGGGAUCUACCACUCAGGGGUCCAGGUCUAUGAGACAGGUAUUGCGAGGUGGGCAAGUCAGACAGCCCUCAGAAGCUCUAACUCGGGUUUCUGCACCUUAGCGACCCAGAAGACAACUUCAAGUUCAAAGAGUCAGUACUCAUCGGUUACACAGACUUCAGCCGAGAAGAUAUCAACGAAAUAAUCGAAGAAAUGGGUAAAGAAUACAAAGGAGACAAAUACCAUCUUCUGCACAGAAAUUGCAAUCAUUUCACCGAAGCAUUGGUUAAGUAUUUAUGCGGCAAAUCGAUCCCGUCGUGGAUCAACCGAUUGGCAUAUAUAAGCACUUGUGUGCCAUUCCUCGAACGAUGUCUUCCCAAAGAACUUCUAAUACCUGUAGCUCUGGAAGAGUCCAUCAGAGAACAGGUCGCCAACGAGAGCGCCGAUCAAGAAGUGAUAAAAAACAAACUUUAACUACAAUUUAGAGUUAAAUUUGAGUCCAAUUGACAAACGAGUAGUACUUUUAGUAUUUUUAUUAUCUUUCUAUACAUUACUUUUGCUGCCUUACUAUACAUUAGACAUAAGUUUCAAAUUUUAACUAAAGUGCUAUGAAGUACAGAAUUUUAAUUGAUUUCCGGGUAAACCGAUAGGCAUUCAAAGCAAAAUACAUUUUCAUUAAAUGCUCACAAAGUGUCAAAAUGUAUGCAUAAACUAUAGGCAGUGCCAAAGCUAUAGAUUAGAUCACAUUUGGUUUUGUGGAUAAUUUAUUAACGAAUAUGCAGUUUUAAAACUAUUAUUUUUAAUUUGAGUAUAAAAUACAAAAGGAUAUUUUUAUUUUUCACAUACAAACUAUUGGUAUUAAUCUGUAUAUAAAUUAUUAUUUAAGAAUUAAUUGACGAG